CAACGCGCUGCAGACGCGUCAUGAGGAGGAGGAAGAGGAGUACGACCAGGAGGACUACGCCAGGGAGCAGGAGCUCCACAAACUCCUGACGGACCUCCCAGAUGACAUGCUAGAGGACAGCCGUGACUCCUCCCCCGAGCUCAACGACUCGCCCUGCAGUAGCCAUGGCAACGGCAACAGACUUCAGCACGCCUGGAACGGACAAACUGAAUGGACCAAUCAGGGGCCCCCAACUGUCACUGAGGAAAACUACCAGGAGAACUAUGAGGACGAGGGCUCGUACCAUCAGGGCUACAGCUAUGAGGACGGCGGCGAUCAGGGGUUCCCCUACUCCAGCGCGGGGCCCGAGGAGUCCUCCUGCACCAACGACUUCUCCAUCGACAGGGGAUACGAGCAGGAACCGUACUCCCCCGCCAAGCACCCCAGCGACCAGCAGAACUACAACCAGUACAGGAACCACUUUCAGAAGAUGGACAGUGGUGGGACAGCAGAGCAGAUGCCCGAUCACCAUAAGGCCACUUACCACCCCCGCCAGCCCGCCCAGAUGUUCAACCCAGAGGGGCAGCCGAACGGGCAUCUCCCAAAUGGGCAUCUCCCAAACGGGCACCCCCAAAACGGGCACCUCCAGAACGGGCACCCCCAGAACGGGCACCCCCAAAACGGGCACCUCCAGAACGGGCAUCUAGAGCAGCUGCAGCGGGACUUUCUGGACUCCAGACAGAGCUCGCUGGAGGGCCAGAAGGUGGCGCAGCUGCAGGUGCUGCAUCAGGCCCAGAGCAGGCGUGUGGAGGAGCUGGAGCACAAGAUGGAGGACGCCAAGCGCAGCAUCCGCCUCCUGGAGCACCAGCUCGCCAUCGUCAAGGAUGAGAAGGAGGGUCUGGCCGUGUCUCUGCAGGAGUCGUCUGGCCUGCUGGAGGAGACUCAGAGCAGAGAGGCUCAACUGAAGGCCACCGUCUCCGCCCUGGAGCGACAGAUACACACACUCACCGAGAGAGAGCAGGAGAGCCAGAAGAAGCUGUGUGUGGCGGAGGCGGCGGCGGGCAGCCUGCAGCAGCAGAUGAUGGACAUGUGUCGGUCCGACACACUGACGCGCGUCCGGGAGCAGCACGAGCGCGACACACACACACUCCGGGAGCAGCACGAGGCCAGGGCGCUCAGCCUGCAGCAGAUGCUCGACUCACACACACACGCCCUGCAGGAACAGACGGAGCUGGGCCAGCGGCUGCGUGAGCAGGUGCGUGAGCUGGAGCGGCAGCGCGGGGAGGAGCAGGUGGAGCGAGCCUCCGUCAUCAACGCCCUCACACAGCGCCUGGAGGACAGCCAGAAGCAGUGCGCCAAGCUGCUGCACACAGGCUCGGUGCAGGAGAUGACUCAGAUGCAGAUGAGACUGCAGCAGGCCCAGUCUGCCAAGAGCAUGAGUGAGGAGAUGAACAAAGCACUGCAGGAGGAGCUGAGUGAGCUGAAGGAUCAGGUGCGGCAGUAUGAGUCUGCGGUGCGCUUGGGGGUCGUGACCCUGGACAGCGCGGGCGACUGGGACAACCAGCUCAGUGACUCCUACUCAGAGCUGGGUAUCAAGAGGGUGCACUGGAAACACACACACAUGCACAGUACCCCGGCGGCGGGCGAGGGUGUGGAGGCGGGUGAGGUGGUGCGGGAGCUGCGUGCGGAGCUGCAACGCUGUCUGGCCUCCCUGAAGGACAAGCGCCAACGCAUCGCCCAGCUGCAGCAGCACAGCGCACACACACACACACACACACACGCCAGCACACACUCCAGCGCCAGCACCUCACCGAAGGGUGGCGGAAGCCUCCAGAAGCCUGUGGAACCAGCAGCAGCAGCAGCAGCGUCCUCCUCAGAUCUGACUCUGCUGCAGGAGGAGCGACAGCAGCUGCAGGACCGAGUAGAGGUCCUGGAGAGGCGUAAUGCGGAGCUGAAGCAGAGUGAGGAGAAGGUGAAAGCGGCCAACUCUGAGCUGUGCUCCAAGAUGAGGGAGAUGAUCCAGGAGCUGGACCAGGAGAAGCAGGAGGCCGAGGAGCGGUAUGAGCGGACGCAGCAGCAGUUCCGUGACGACGUGGUGAAGCGUGUGAGUGCGGAUCUGACUCAGGAGCACCAGGCUCAGGUGGAGGAGCUGCGGACCCAACACCAGCAGCAGACACAGGCCCUGGAGUGUAAGUUGCGUGAGCUGCAAGGGGAGAUGGCUGCAGUGCAGGAGUGCUACAUCUCCAUCUGUAAGGAGAAAGACCGACUGGAGGAGGAGGAGAGUAAGAGGCAGCAGGCGAGUGAGCGAGCGGUGGAGCAGCUGCGUGCAGAGCUGCAGAGUGAGCACCAGGGGGAGCUGUCGCGCCUCAGGAGCCAGUGGGAGGCGGAGCAGCGGGAGCAUCUCCAGAGCAGCCUGGCCUCGGCCCAGCAGAGCUGGCAGCAGCAGCAGCAGGAGGUGGAGCGGGCGCUGGAGGAGGAGCGGAGGCUGCAGGGGACGGUGGCGGUGACGCAGGAGGGAGGCUGCCAGACGGAGGCGUGCGGAGUGGCGCCCCCUACGGCCCCUCGGGAGGAGGUGCAGGCGCAGCUGCAGGAGCAGCGGGAGCGGCUGCAGAAGGAGGCGCAGCAGCAGCGGGUGGUUGCCGUGGAGGAGGCCGUGAGGAGGACUCAGCAGGAGCUGCAGCAGAAGCACCUCAAGGAGGUGGCCAAACACGUGGAGGGGGCCGUGUCCAGGGCUCAUAGCCGCUGGCUGGAAGAGCUGCCCACACACCCGGAGUACAAGGCCAGUGUGCAGGAGGAGAGGAGCCAGUGGGAACAGCACACACACACACAGAUCUCCGCGGCUGUCGAGGCUGCAAAGGACCAAUGGGAGGAGGCGGCCCAGGCAGACAGGGCGGAGCUUGAGCGGAGCAGAGAGCGGAUUGGACGGCUGCAGGAGGAGGUGCGCUCCCUGCAGGAGGAGGUGCGCUCCCUGGGCGACCAGCAGGAGGCGCUGCUGGGGGCAGAACUGGCCGCGGCCCGCGCCUCCUGGACCCGCCAGCAGCAGCAGGAGGAGACGGGCCGCCUGCAGAACCAGCACCAGGCCCAGCAGGAGCGGGAGCGGCAGCGGAGCAGAGAGGAGGCGCAGCAGGAGGUGCAGGAGGAGCUGCAGCGGGCCAGAGAGGAGGCGCAGCAGGAGGUGCAGGAGGAGCUGCAGCGGGCCAGAGAGGAGGCGCAGCAGGAGGUGAAGGAGGGCCUGCAGGAGGCGCUGCAGCUGCUGAGGAGAGAGGGGGAGCGGGCGGAGGAGAGGAGCGACGGCAGGAGAGGGGGCCUCAGGGAGCUCUGCAGGGAGGCGCUCGCUAGAGCUGUGGCCAUCGCCCGCCAGGACUGGAGCAAGAGGAGUGAGGAGAAGUUGCGGCACGUGCUGACGGAGAUGCAGGAGCGACACCAGAAGGAGAUCCUCCAGCUGCAGAACUCGUCGGAGGAGGGCUCGGAGGUUCCGUGUGUGAGUAAGCGUUGCUCGGAGACGGCCUCCCGACUGCAGAGGAAGACCCAGGAGCUGCAGAGGCAGCUGGAGAGGGCCUGCAAACAACUACAGCAGAUUACCAGAGAGCACCGCACCGCUCUGCACACACUCACAGAGGAGCACGAGGAGGUCUUGCGACAGGAGAGGGAAGCCCGUGCCAAAGCUGUGGAAGAGGCCAAAAGAUCUGCUCGGGAGGAAGGUCAUGGCGGUCAGAAGAGCCUGCAGGAUGCGCUGGAGGAGAUGAAGGAGCAGUACACCGCCGCAGUGGAGAAGAUCAGAGGGGACAUGCUGCAGUACCUGCAGGACAGUAAGGAGCGUGCGGCUGAGCUGAUCCGUGGGGAGGUGCAGAAGGAGCGUCAGGAGACGGCACGCCGCAUGAGACGAUAUUACCUCACCUGCCUGCAGGAGCUGCUGCACGACGGGGGCCACGCCAACGGUGCUGCUGAGAAGAAAAUCAUUAACGCCGCCAGCAAGCUAGCCGCCAUGGCCAAGGUCUUGGAGACGCCCGUGAACAAGAGGAAACUCGGCAAGAGCCAAACAGCCCAAGAGGAGCCCAACCUGAUCAGUCAUCCUGGCCAGACUCCCAGAAUUCCCUCUGCUGUGGGAGAGCCUGUAGGAGGGAGGCCUCAGGCGCUGGCCUGUGUUAGAGAGGCUCCGGAGAGCAGCGGCCAAUCAAACGGCUGCGUCUCGGCUGCAGAGAGCAGCGGCCAAUCAAAGGGCUGCGUCUCGGCCGCAGAGAGCAGGGGCCAAUCAAAGGGCUGCGUCUCGGCCGCAGAGAGCAGGGGGGACCCCAGAGAGCUGCCCCGUGGCCUGAGGGACCCCACGCCUCCACAGCUGAAGCCCUCGCCCCCCCAGAACCCCCCCUCCUCCGCCGCGGCCCCCUCCCCCUCCUCCUCCUCCUCCUCCUCCUCGGUGCGCGGUGGGCAUCGGAGGGCAGACGCCAGCCUGGCACACGUCACCCUGAGGGGCCAGCGCCCCGAGCGCCAGAGACACAAGGAGUUGCCACGGCAACAGCAGCAGCAGCAGCAGCAGCAUCAGCAUCCACGCCGCUCCGACUCAGAUCCUGGGAGGACCACUCACCUGCAGCCCCACACUCACCUGCAGCCCCACUCACACCUGCAGCCCCACUCACACCUGCAGCCCCACUCACACCUGCAGGCCUCCUCAGGUGCGUCUCACCUGCAGCAGGAGUCGCUCUUGGCCCAGGAGCCUCCGGUCAGGGACGGGGGCCAGACCGACUGGAGCAUCGGCAGCACUGGCUCCUACGUGCCAAGGAAUACACACACACACACUCUCAGCAGCAGCGCUGGCUCCUACUUGCCCCCGAACACACACACACACACUCUCAGCAGCAGCACUGGCUCCUACCAGCCCGCACACACACACACACACACUCUCAGCAGCAGCGCUGGCUCCUACCAGCCCGCACACACACACACACACACUCUCAGCAGCAGCGCUGGCUCUUACUUGCCCCCAAACACACACACACACACUCCUGUAGCGGACCUGUUUGGGCCGCUGUCUGCGCUGGGGGCGGAGUUUGACGCAUGCGGCAGCUUCCUGGGAGACGCCACGGACUCCACCAUCUACCGGCAGAUCGUCAAGGCAACGGCGGGGCCCCCGGGGGGGGCGGCAAGACUGGCCCCCAAGAGCCUCUUCUCCGAGCUGAAGGAGCCGCCACAGGACAGCGGGUUCAGCAGCCCCCCCUCCCAGCUGAGGAAGAGACCUGCCUGAGGACACACACACACACACACACACACACACACACACACACACACACACACACACACACACACACAGCGCCCCCUCCCAGCUGAGGAAGAGACCUGCCUGAGGACACACACACACACACACACAUACACACACACACACAGCCCCCCCUCCCAGCUGAGGAAGAGACCUGCCUGAGGACACACACACACACACACACACACACACACACACACACACACACACACACAGCGUCCCCUCCCAGCUGAGGAAGAGACCUGCCUGAGGACACACAGUCUCCGCUUUGGACCUCUCAUUCGGUCUCUCUGACACACACACACACACACAUAUUCAGGCUCUGCUUCAGGCUGUGUUGGCAGACCAAAGUGGAGAUCUGUUGUUAUAUUUGUGUACUCUCUCCAGAGGGGGGGAUGAGGAAUGAGAAGUUUGUUUUAGAAUGGAGAACCAUAAACUGUUGCCCUGGCCAUCCAGAGUGCAAGGGUUGCUUUUAUUGUAUUUAUGACAGUUAUAAAAUAACUUUAUUCUUUUAAGUGUUCUUGCGUUUGUUUUUAUAUCAGUCGCUAUGAUUUAUGUGUUGGAUCCCAGUCCAUUGUCUUGCCUAAUUAAAAGGGUUU